AUGUUCGAAGCACCGUAUCUGCCUUACGAUCCCCUCGACAAGUCCGGCUAUGAGACAGUCGUCAAACGAUGGCCCGUAAUCCUCACGGGCAUCAUAGAUACCGUAUAUCGCACCAACCACGAUUCCUCGAUCGAGGAUCUGAACGUCGUCGAUGCAAGCGAUGAUCAAAUACCCAAAAACGAGGCGAGGAUCACGGAGGGCAAGGUCCUCAUCGAGAACUUCAGCCGACUGAAAUACCAGAUGGGCAGGGACAGGCCACUCGAACCCGUACCAGAGGACGGGGAGCCCAUGGUAGACAUAUACAAUGCCGAGCUGGCGCGCUUGGAGAAAGACGGCAAGAACACAUGGUUCACCGCUCCGUGGCUGUUCGCAGAAUGUUAUCUCUAUCGCUUCAUCCGCGCGUAUUUCGCUCAGACGAAGCACUGGCGCGCGUUUGAUCCCUUCUAUGCGCAGAAGGAGGCGACCUUCCAGGCCAGCGGGACGGCGAUCCAUCAGCUUGCAACUACAAUGCAUGAGCUUGAGGAAGAGAAGUCGGCGCUCGAGUCUGAUCCGGACAAGCUCCAAGUCCUCUUCAAGGAGAUGAUACAGAUGUGUCUGUGGUGCGACCUCUCGUUACUCACACACAUGACGCACGAAGACAUCCAGCAUCUGCAAUCGGUUGGUAAGGAAGCCCAGCAGGCACGCCAGGAAUUCAUCCUCAAGGACGACCAGAAUGCCGUCUGGGAGCACGUCAAGACGCUCAAAGAUGCCCGCGUGGACUUCGUCCUCGAUAACGCCGGCUUCGAGCUCUACACGGACCUGGUGUUCGCCGAUUUUCUGGUGACGUACACGCCCUACGUCUCGCACGUCACAUUCCACCCCAAGCUUAUCCCGUGGUUCGUCUCGGACGUCACCCCGCCCGACUUCGCGGCAACCCUCACCGCGCUCCUCUCCCCGACCUUCUUCCCCCCGCCGCCGGCGUCCUCCACGCCCCCCUCGACCGACGCAUCUCCGUCUCCGUCCCCAUCCCCCUCCUCAGCGCACCUGCACGCCCUUGUCGCGCGCUGGACCGCCUACUUCGCCUCGGGCGUCUUCGCGCUCUCGGUCCCCCGCGACGCGCCGCUCGGUGCGCGGAGCGCUCUGGCGGAGUUCUGGACGAGCCCGUGGCCGUAUUGGGAUAUGCGCGCGCACGCGCCCGCGCUGUGGGGGGAGCUGCGGGGGAGCGGGCUGGUCGUGUUCAAGGUGCGCGCGCGCUACCGCAAGCUCACAGGCGACGUCCAAUGGCCCGUCUCCACCCCCUUCUCCACCGCCACAGGCGAGUCUGUCUGUCCGCUCGCGGGCGCGUUCCCGCUGCUCAGCCUGCGCACGAACAAGGCGGACGUCGCGGUCGGCAUCCCGGAGGCUAUCGCGGCCGCGCUCGACGCGCGCGGCGAGAAGUGGCGCACGAGCGGCCGGUGCGUGUUUUUAUUUUAUGUGCGCGUGCUCGUCGGACCGGGGUUGUGGCUCGCUGACGGUCCGUUGGUGGCGUGCGUGCAGGUACGCGCUGGUGUCUUACUUGCCUGCGGGAGAACCGCGAGCGUAAACUUGUGGAUAUCGUGGAUGCCAGAGCUAGGUCGAGCGUCGAAAUGUUUCUGGUCGGGCCGCGUCGAGAGGAAUGCUCUGGCGGCUCAGGAUACCUACAUUUGCGUAUAUAGACAAGCGCUUUCAGAACGAGCUCCUGUUCAGCCACAUUUGCGUCACCGUGGUCGCGUCGGGAGCGCAGCUUCCGGAUAUCUCCGAGAGUGCGCAGGGCCCGUUUGGGCGAAGGUGUGCGGUACGUAUGGUAAAUUGCAGGCAGACACACCAAGACGCUCUAUAGCGGAAUGA